UGAUAGCACCCCUUCAGGUCCGCACGAAUUCCAGUUGCAAUUCUUUUCGAGGCCCCGGCACUUGCAAGGCGUACAACAUAGGUGCACUGGUCGCCAUGCUCGGGACCCGGAGCUUGAUGCCGCGAAGGCAGCCGCUUCGCUCUGGGUCAUCGAUGUGCAAUCUGCAGGCUCGGAGCCUGCUAGCAGGCACGCGCAGGGCCGCCUACGCUGCUGUGCUCCGUGCAUCAUCACAGCAAGUGACGAGACGUCGUAGAAACACUCAGGUUCCAGACCUUGCUGAAGAGCUGGCACUGCUGGCCCCGCGCCGGGCACCUGAGGACAUCGACAUGGUGACCGCAAGCCUCGCCGCCGCCAAAGGUCCGCUUGUGGCUGUUGUGCGGCCUGUCAACCAAGGUGAUGGCCAGAGUGAAGCACCAGCGGCGAUCAACGCGGUGGAGCCGACUCCAGGCGUCAAGGGCCGACGAUCACGCCGGAACCCCUUCCAGGCACUGCUGGCGACACUACAGCCGGGUGUCGCCACCGCACAGGUGUCAGCCGUGUGGUUGUCGAGCCUGAGGGCUCAGCUGCGCGCAAGCAGCACCAGCACCCAGGUUCGACAGGGCCACGGCUCGGAGUCAGCAGCCAAGCUGACUUCAACGCCCACCGCUGGCCAAGACGCAUCCAGCCAACAGGGAUGGAAGCUGCAUGGCGUCAGCGCGCGCCUCCCUCUGGCGGCACCUGAUGGUGACAACACUGGCGGUCCCACAGCGGACCCGCUCGGGACUCUCCCGCUCAGGACUCGUACAACUUACCAGAGCGCCGUCGGCCCAGAGCUGGUUGGAACGGGUCAGGGGAAGCGUCAGUGGCUGCGGCCCGGCGACAUCAUCCGUGUGACGCUGCAGCAAGAAUCCGGCAGCAAGCAGCAGGCCGGCAAUGAGGAAGUGCAGGCGGCCGCCUCGGGCUCUUCCUCCUCGCCCGCCGCCACCACCUACCUGGUGCAGGCGCUGUACCGGGACAAGCAGUACGGCGUCAAGUAUGGGGAGCCCAUGGUGCAGCUGCGCCUGCUGCUUCACGGUCGUGACACGGUGCUUGAGGACGCGGCGGCGGACCACGAGCUGUUCCUACUGGACACAUCCACUGUCGCACCGGAGGAACACGGACUGCCGGGCAGUGACAACAUCAGAAGCAGCGGCAGUGGUGGGUUGCUGGAGCCGAGGCGCCAAAGUGAAGACAAGCGGAGCAGUGACGAGGCGCGGCGUGCGGCCUGGCUGUCGCCUGAGGAGACGCUGUUGUCGCUGCCGCUGCGGGACCUGGACGCAGCGGAGGUGGUCAAGGCCAAGGACCUGAGCGGAAGGCCCUGCGGCCACGCACACAGCGUAGAAAACGCCAAGGCCGACCUGAAGCUGCAGCGGAGCAACGUGCGCGCGGUGGCCGCCGGCCUGCCGCCCACCUACGUGUACCGGCACGUGUACUGCCCGCGCCAGGGGCUGUUCCGGGCGCUGCGGCGUGACCAGCUGCGACUGGGCCAGUGGAUAGACCCGCAGCAGCUGCAGCGGCAGGAGGCGCAGCAGCUGAUGAGCAGGGCAGGGGGCGGAGAGGUACCUCCCCGCCUGCACUAUAAGAUGGGUGCGGAGGCUGGUGCGCCGCUGCUAGAGGGGCGGGGCUUCACCCUGGCAGGAGUCACGUACCAGGCUGGCGAGUUCAUGUAUGUGGACGCGGAGAAGGCGGGCGGCCAGCAGGGCGGCCCGUGGGCAGUUGUGCAGCUGGUGGGCGUGGAGCAGCCGGAGGAGGAGCAGGCACCUGCACGUGGGGCCAGCGGGGCUGGGGCCUCGGGUGGCAAGGGCUGCAAGCACGUGCCGCAACUGCAGCUCAAGGUAGGUCCGCCGUUUCCUGCGGCCCGAGGACCUGUGUCCGACCUGGCCUACACAGCCGACUGGUGGGACCUGUACGAGCCGGCACCAGCAUCACCCUCAUCAGCCGCCGCCACAGCCACUGCGGGUGGCAUGUCGCUGCUUCAGGUGCCGGUGUCAGCUGUGGCGGGCAAAUGCGCAGUGGUGUGGGCGGGAGCUGGGGCAGACCUGCAAGCAGCGGUGGCGGCGGGCCCUGCCCUGCCUGGUGUGCGGGCGCUGGACACGUUCCGCGUCGUGGGCACAGGCCUGCCACCCGGCCAGGAGGAGGAGGCUGAGUGGGCGGCGGCCUCUGCGUCUCCCUUGGGGCACCCGCCCACUACCGGAGCCUCAUCCGCCCCAUCCCCCGCACCGGGCGCGGCCGCGGGUCCCACCAUCCGCCCGCUGGCUACCUUGGACAUCUUUGCGGGCUGCGGCGGACUGAGCGAGGGACUGCACCAGUCUGGCGUGAGCUCCACGCUGUGGGCUGUGGAGUUUGACGCCAACGCCGCCAAGGCCUACACGGAGAACAACCCGCACACAGAGGUGCUGGUCGGAGACUGCAACACCCUGCUGCAGGAGGCCAUGGCUCGGGCGGGUCAGUCCAAGUACUGCGUGGUGGCGCGGGGGCGCGAGGCGGAGGAGGGUACAGGCAAGGCGGACCCAGCUGCUGCCGCCUCCUGUACCUCCGCUGCCGAGCCGUCACCGCCGGCGGCGCCGCGGCUGCCGCUGCCGGGCGAGGUGGAGCUGCUGGUGGGCGGGCCGCCCUGCCAGGGCUUCUCAGGCCUGAACCGUCACGCCGGUUCAGAGAAAGCCGUGCGCAACAACUCGCUGGUUGGCAGCUACCUGUCCUACUGCGACUUCUACCGCCCCCGCUACUUCAUACUGGAGAACGUCAUGGGCUUCACCUUCUACAAGCCCGUGCAGCCCACUGAGGGCAGCCACAAGAGCCGCCAGCGCCGCCGCAGGAGCAAGAGCAGUGCGCCUGACUGUCGCCACAGCAGUGCCAGCAGUGCUGAAGAAGGGGGCAACUCGUCGUCAGCGGCAGAGGAGAAUAACCAAAAGGACGAGAACGUGUCGCAAUCGGCUUCUCACGCCGCCACCACCACCACCAUCACCACCACCACCACCGGCUCAUCCCGCUCGGCCACGGACGCGCCAGGUCCCAGUGUCAGCUACUUCAAGCUCGCGCUGCGGACGCUGUUGGACAUGGGGUACCAGGUGCGCUUCGGCGCCCUGAACGCGGGAAACUACGGCGUGCCCCAGAGCCGCAAGCGCAUGUUCAUCAUCGCGGCCCUGCCCGAGGAGGUCCUGCCCAACUGGCCGCGCCCGAUGCACUCGUUCCGGGUGGCGGCUGAGGCGGGCAGCAACCGCGAGGGCCAGCAGGACCAGCCGCCAAUCCCAGUGCCCGGCGGCAUGUACUACGCCAACGGGGCGGGGAAGUGCCUAGCAGGCACGCCCCUGCGCGCCGUGACUGUGCGGGAUGCCAUCGGUAACCUGCCGCCCAUCACGCCGGGGACCAAGGGCGACCCGGCCGUGCCGCUGCCGCGGCCCAUGAGCGCCUUCCAGCGGCGCCUGGCGGAGGCGGCGACAGCUGGCCGGCAGGAGCCGGAGGAGGCAGCAUGCAUCACACUGCCGCAAGAGCUGCAGCAGGGCCGGCCCCAGGCGCAACUGACUCACCAUGUGCUGGAGCAGUCGCUGGGUGCACGCCACCUCGCCAUCGCGAGCUUCGUGCCGCCUGGGUUCGACUUGGGCUCAGUGCUGAACGACAGGGCCGCCGCAGCCGAGGCCCUGGACGCCGCCACUGAGGCAAGGGAGGCGGAGGGCAGUGGCGAGUCAAGUGACAGAGAUGACGCGUCCCUCUCGCCGCAGCAGCAGUACGCGGUGCGGCUGGACGAGCUGCUGCUGCAGCAGCCGCACCUGGUAGAGCGCAGCACACGCAGCGGCUUCUACGGCAGGCUGUCCCACUCUGGCUACUUCCGAACCGCCAUCACCACCCCCCGCGUGGAGUCCUCCACCGGCUGGUCGCUGCAUCCAGACACGGCCCAGCAGCGGAGCGUGUCGGUGCGGGAGCUGGCGCGCAGCCAGGGCUUCCCCGACCGCCACACGUUUGGCGGCCGCACGGACGCAUGCUACCGGCAGGUGGGCAACGCCGUGCCGCCGCCCCUGGCCCUGGCGCUGGGGCUGCAGCUGAGGCAGGCGCUGGCGCUGCGGCAGCAGGGGCACCGGCAGGCGGAGGGCAAGGAGGAGGAGCGGCAGCAGGUGGAGGAGGAGGGCGUGUAGGAGGCACAGGAAGAGCAAAAGGCUUAUGAAGAUUUACGGAGAAGCAAAUUUGCAUGGCUGGUACAUGGAGCGGGAGGGAGCGGGCGCAGGCAUGUGCGUGAUCAUGAGGCAAGGCACCAGCAGAAGCAGAUGCUAUGUAACAACGCAAGGGCAAGAGUGUCAGAAGUCACGAGGAAUAGAAGGAUGCUUGAGGAUGCUUGAUGGAGGGCGGAACGCCCAGAGCCCUAGUUGAGACAUGACAAUCACUGAGCGAGGGAACCCCCAAGGCUCGCUCAGGCUUCCUCUGUAUCAUUCCCCGCACUUGUAAAUACAAGUAUAC